UGAGGAAUCUCUCCCUGAAGAAGCCCCCCGCCCCCCCCCAGUGCCUGGCCAUCGGGGCCGUGGAGGGCAUCCGGUGAAGCUGACAAUCCCUGAGUCCUGUUUCCGUCACCACCCUGGCUCACUGUGGUUCCGGAGGUGGAAUUUCCCUCUUUCGAGUUGGGAUUCUAGGGUCUCCAUGUGCUGACCCUUGACACUUUCAUGGUCCCUGACUUCUCUGCUCUCACUCAGACCCCUCCCAAGAGACCCUGCCAUGGGAGAAAAGCCAUGUUCAUAGGGACUAUGUCGCUGGUGGCGCUUGUCCCAGCAAGGCCACCAUACCUGGGAAGACUGUCAUCGUGACUGGAGCCAACACAGGUAUCGGGAAGCAAACUGCUUUGGAAUUGGCUAAAAGAGGAGGCAACAUCAUCCUGGCCUGUCGAGACAUGGAGAAGUGUGAGGCGGCCGCGAAGGACAUUCGUGGAGAGACCUUGAAUCCCCGUGUACGUGCCCAGCACCUAGACUUGGCUUCCCUCAAGUCCAUCCGGGAGUUUGCUGGGAAGAUCAUCAAAGAGGAGGAGCGAGUGGACGUUCUGGUCAACAACGCGGCCGUGAUGCGGUGCCCGCACUGGACCACUGAGGAUGGCUUUGAGAUGCAGUUUGGUGUCAACUACCUGGGUCACUUUCUGCUGACAAACUUGCUGUUGGACAAGCUGAAGGCCUCGGCCCCUUCGCGCGUCAUCAACCUGUCAUCGCUGGCUCACGUUGCUGGGCGCAUAGACUUCGAUGACUUGAACUGGAAGACGAAGAAGUAUGACACCAAGGCAGCCUACUGCCAGAGCAAGCUGGCUGUUGUCCUCUUCACCAAGGAGCUGAGCCGCCGGCUGCAAGGCUCGGGUGUGACGGUUAAUGCUCUGCACCCCGGUGUGGCCAGGACGGAGCUGGGAAGACAUACAGACAUGCACAAGUCUGCCUUCUCCAGCUUCACGCUUGGACCCUUCUUCUGGCUGCUGUUCAAGAGUCCCCAGUUGGCAGCCCAGCCCAGCACGUAUCUGGCGGUGGCAGAGGAGCUGGAGAGUGUCUCUGGGAAGUACUUUGAUGGACUCAGAGAGAAGGCACCAUCUCCCGAGGCUGAAGAUGAGGAAGUAGCCCGGAGGCUUUGGGCUGAAAGUGCCCACUUGGUGGGCUUGGAUAUGGCUCAUGGGUCCCCUGGAAGAGGACAUUCCCUCCCCAGAUAACCUUCAAAGAUCCAGAUGGAGCUGCAUUACCAAGGCUUCUGGCUCCCAUGCCCUCAUCAACCUCUAGGGGCAGUGUUGACACUGUUAAUGACCAUGGCUGCUGACUGCUAUGCACUCAUCUUCCUCUAGGGGCAGUGUUGGCACUGUAGACUCUCAAGACCAUGGCUUCUGGUUGCCAUGCUCUCAUCUUCCUCUAGGGGCAGUGUUGGCACUGUUAAUGACCAUGGCUGUGGACUGCCAUGCCCUCAUCUUCCUCUAGGGGCAGUGUUGACACUGUUAAUGACCAUGACUGCUGACUGCCAUGUCCUCAUCAUCCUCUAGGGGCAGUGUUGACACUGUAGACUCUCAAGACCAUGUCUGCUGACUGCCAUGCACUCAUCUACCCCUAGGGGCAGUGUUGGCACUGUUAAUGACCAUGGCUGUGGACUGCCAUGCCCUCAUCUUCCUCUAGGGGCAGUGUUGACACUGUUAAUGACCAUGACUGCUGACUGCCAUGUCCUCAUCAUCCUCUAGGGGCAGUGUUGACACUGUAGACUCUCAAGACCAUGUCUGCUGACUGCCAUGCACUCAUCUACCCCUAGGGGCACUGUUGGUCCUAGCUUUUAUUGUUAGCUGGCCACGUUCCGUUGGACCACAGCUGAGUAUCCACUGGGGUGUGUGGUGGUGGCAGGUAUAAUGUACUCUAUUGGUUACUGGGGAGCUGGUCUUUCAGGUGUCUCCCUUGGGAACGGUUUUGGGCAGUGUCCUAAGGCGGCGGUAACUGCAGUGGCGGACUGAUCCUGCAGUGGCGGACUGACCGGUCUACUUACAGAGCCGGCAGUCAGAACAGUCUGGCCAGUCAUAGUUCUUUGUGGGCCUCUGCACACAUCUGUCGCUGUCUGAGACUUUGCUGUUGUUUCAAAGGCAACUUGGAGGACAAGGGCUUUAGCUCACAGGUUCUAGUCUCAUGGAGAGGGAAGCCAACACAAGAACUCAAGGGAAGGGCUUGAAGCAGAUACCAGUAGAGGUUUGCUCCUAGGCCUGUGUUCAGAUGCCUUUCUUUUAUUUUUAUUAUUAUUGAUUUUUACAGAGAGGGUCUUACUCCGUAACUCUGGCUUUCCUGGAACUGACUGUAUUCCAGUUCAAGACCAGGCUGGCCUUGAACUCAUAGAGAUCCGCUUUCUGGGAUUAAAGGCGUGUGUCACCAUGCCUAGGCCAGGUACCAGCCAGGCCUACCUACCCAGGGAUGGCACCACCCACAGUGGGCUUGUCCCAUCUACAUCAAUUAACAAUCAAGAAAACGUCCCACAGACAUUCGCCCAGGACAGUCUGGUCCAAGCAAUUCUCCGGUUGAGGAUCCGUCCCUCUUCUAGGUAUGCCGAGCUGAUAACCAAACAAACCAGGACAGCUCUUGAUUGCAAACUGCAGAGGAUAGCUUCUACCUCACGGGAUGGGGUGGGCAUUGAACUCUGCCUGGCUCAGGAGAGGGCAACUGUGGACCUCUUGUGUGCUGGGCCCUGGCUGAGGUGCUGGGAUUCGGUGGAGACCAUGGCAUAGGCCUUGAUUCUGUUAGCCCCCUGUUGCUCAGGAUGGAAUGGAGUGCAGUUUUACUAGCUGCUGCCCUGAAGACCAGCAUGGCCUGGGAUCAUGAUCUCUUCUCCAGUUCCUGGGGUGAUUUUAGCCUUAGACUCCUCCCAAGCAUGUGGUUUGAUUAUAAUAACUUGCCGGGCGUUGUGGCGCAGUUCUGUAACACCAGCACCUAAGAGGUGGAGGAUUAAGAGCUCAAGGUCAUCCUCCUGCACCAGCCUGGGCUGUACCAGAUCCUGUGAAAACAAUGACAUCUCCAAGUGUAGCCCAGCCACAGAUUUAGGAUAAAAACAGGCAUUUGCUCAG